CCGAAUUUGCCGCGACAGAAUUGUUCUGUAAGCUAUCGAUAAGGUUCGUGUUUUUUACAAUAAGUUGGAUGCUGUUUCCGACAGCAAGUCAGCAGGAAAUAUUUUUUGAGAACUGGUCCAGACUGGUUAGCUGUAUCAGGUGGUCAAAUUAUGACUCGUAGCAUGAACAUCAGAUUAAAAGCCCGAUUUACCCUGCGAUCUGCAGUUCAAAGGAAGUUUGCUUUUCGAGUCCUACUGCUUCAUGACGUUCGACAUAUUGUUCUAUUUUUCUGAGAAAUAUACGUACUUAAAUGUACGCCGUUUUAACACGUUACCGUACCUUCCCUGUGCCAUGUUGCAGACGUGUCAGUGCCUGCUAGAAUCAACCGGAUUGUUUUCGUGUACAGUAGUGGCUGCGCGCGGCAGCACUGAGAGAAACUGAGUAGCACUGAAAAGAACGGUCCUACGUAGGUGUCUCUGAUGUAACAUUUGUCGGGGACAUGUUAGUCUGUCCGUGGAGGUACACCAAACGUGGACGUCUUUUCACCGGAGCAAAAGAACAAGAGUCACCUAGUGCAAAUUACAACUGAAAUGCGCAGCACUGAUCUCGUUUAUAUCUCGGAGCUCUACUUUCCAUGGAUAGACCCUAUGUGUAGGAAGAGUCGAAAGACGAAGCAGGCAGCUGAUGUCACAAUAACCUCUCACAGGACAGAAUGUUUACCCUCACAGAGGUAGCGUCCCUCAAUGACAUUCAGCCAACCUACCGGAUACUGAAGCCAUGGUGGGAUGUGUUCAUGGAUUAUCUUGGCGUGAUCAUGCUGAUGCUGGCAGUGUUUGCUGGGACAAUGCAGUUAACCAAAGACCAAGUGCUUUGCCUCCCUCACCUGGAACCCGAGAAGGAGCUGGUGUGUCCAGAUAGCUUCUCACCGCAAAGUUCGCACGAGACCGCCAGAGCAGUCACACCACUAAUCCCUAAGGAUCUCCCUGAUAGUGACUUGCACUCAUUGUAUACAAAUCCGCCAUUACCUGUCAGUGGGAGCCAUCCGCUGCCCACAGGGCUGAAAACAAACUUGGACUUUCAGCAGUAUGUCUUUGUCAACCAGAUGUGCUACCAUAUGGCCUUGCCCUGGUAUUCAAAGUACUUUCCCUACCUUGCUCUCAUCCACACGCUUGUACUGAUGGUUAGCAGUAAUUUUUGGUUCAAAUAUCCAAAAACUAGUUCAAAGAUUGAGCACUUUGUGUCUAUUCUUGGGAGGUGCUUUGAGUCACCGUGGACUACUAAGGCACUGUCUGAGACUGCCUGUGAGGACUCUGAAGAGAACAAGCAGAGGUUCACCAGCAAUUCCACUGCACCAAAGAACAUUUCCACAGGCGGUGAAGAAGAAAACGCUAAUGCGUCUACACCCAUGUUGCAAAAAUCAGAUUUGAAAUUCUCUGCUGAAAGACCGGUCACAGAUGUCCCAAGUGUGACCAUCCUGGACAGAAAAGAUGGAGAACAGGCCAAAGCCCUUUUUGAAAAGGUGAGAAAAUUCCGUGCUCAUGUGGAAGACAGUGACUUCAUCUACAAGCUUUAUGUAGCUCAAACAAUCAUAAAGACAGUGAAGUUCAUUUUGAUUUUGUGUUACACCUCAAACUUUGUUGCCGCCAUCAGUUUUUGUCACGUGUGUAAACCUCCUAAUCUUAAAGAGUUAACUGGGUACGCAACAUUCCAGUGCACACACAACAUGGCAUUCAUGUUGAAGAAGAUCCUCAUUAGCUAUAUGGUUGUGAUCUGCAUAUAUGGGCUGGUGUGCAUUUAUACCCUCUUCUGGCUGUUCAGACGACCCCUGAAGGAGUACUCAUUUGAGAAAGUUAGAGAGGAAAGCAGCUUCAGUGAUAUCCCUGAUGUAAAAAAUGACUUUGCCUUCCUCCUGCACAUGGUUGACCAAUAUGACCAGUUGUACUCCAAGAGGUUUGGUGUCUUUCUCUCUGAGGUUAGCGAGAACAAGCUGCGUGAGAUCAGCCUGAAUCACGAGUGGACCUUCGAGAAGCUGCGUCAGCACGUGGGCCGCAAUGCCCAGGACAAGCUGGAGCUCCACCUCUUCAUGCUCUCCGGUCUCCCCAGCGCCGUCUUCGACCUCACCGACCUUGAAGUGCUGAAGCUGGAGCUGAUUCCCGAGGUCAGGAUCACCGCUAAGAUCUCCCAAAUGACCAGUCUUCAGGAGUUGCAUUUCUAUCACUCUCCCGCUAAGGUGGAGCAGACCGCGUUUAGCUUUCUCCGAGACCGCCUCCGGUGCCUUCACGUCAAGUUUACGGAUGUUGCGGAGAUUCCCACUUGGGUCUACCUGUUGAAGAGCCUCAAGGAUCUGUAUUUAAUUGGGAGCCUGAACUCUGAAAAUAACAAAAUGAUAGGUUUAGAAUCCAUGCGUGAGCUGAGGCAGCUUAAAACCCUGAAUCUAAAGAGCAACCUCAUGAAGAUCCCAACAAGCAUCACAGAUCUCUCUCCUCACCUCAUAAAGCUUGUGGUUCAUAAUGAUGGUACAAAACUAGUGGUGCUCAACAGCUUAAAGAAGAUGAUGAACUUAGCUGAGCUGGAGUUGCAUAACUGUGAGCUGGAGAGAAUCCCCCAUGCCAUUUUCAGCCUGAGCAACCUGCAGGAGUUGGAUCUGAAAUCCAACGUCAUGCGCACUGUUGAAGAGGUCAUUAGUUUCCAGCACCUUAAGAGGUUGACUUGCCUCAAGUUGUGGCAUAAUAAAAUCAUCAGCCUCCCUGUAUCCAUAAGCCUUGUCAAGAGCCUUGAGUCACUCUAUCUAUCACACAACAAACUUGAGAGCCUGCCCACGUCAUUGUUCAACCUUCCCAAGCUGAGGCACUUGGACCUCAGCAACAACUCCAUUGUGGUGAUUCCGCCCGAGGUGGGUUUUCUGCUGACUCUUCAGCAUUUUGCCAUCUCGAGCAACAAGGUUGAGAUUCUGCCCAAGCAACUCUUCAGAUGUGUGAAGCUGAAAACAUUGUGUCUGGGGCAUAAUGGCAUUUCCGUCAUCUCCGAGAGAAUAGGUCAUCUGACACAGCUCGUGCACCUGGAGCUGAAGGGAAACUGUUUGGACCACCUCCCGGCCCAGCUGGGACUGUGUCCCCUCCUCCGGCGGAGUGGCUUCAGUGUGGAAGACCAUCUCUUCGACACUCUGCCCCUGGAAGCUAAAGAAAGUAUGAGUCAGGAAUCCAAUGUUUCCUUUGCAGGGGUAUAGUACGAGUGAACGUUUUACAGGGCAGAGUGGUUCCUGUUUUUCUUUUCUUUUUUUCUGUCAGCUUUUGUCCAUUAGCUUUAACCACAUCAAUGUUCUCUAUGGGUUUACACUUACAAACUGCUGGUCAGGUUGUAAUUAGUCAUACAAUACCUCCUUUGAAAGGCAAGGCUAUAUGUUGAUUCCAUUACAAGAAAUGGAUCGUUUAACCACCGGACACAGCCGGGUGCUGAUAAGGAGGGGUUCCCCAACUGCGGGGAUGUAUCAGCAUAACCUCACCACUCUCUGUGCCACUCAUGAUAAUACUGAGGCAAUAGGCUAAGCCUUUGAGUUUAGAAGUAAAACCAUAUUGAUGACAGAAAAAUUAUACAUCUGUACUUUAGUGAUAUAACAAACAGGCUGUUCUUUUUAAUUCACUUUUAAAUUUCAUGUUUAACACUUUGUACCAACUUUUGAAUUUUUAGUUUUAAUUUUAUUUGUUUAUAACUGGAGAUGGUGUACAGACUGUUUGUAUUCAUCUGUCAUAAUAUUCAAGAGGGACUUCGAUUUUUUAUGUUUUUAAACAUUACAUAGUUUAAACUGACAGAAAACUGAUUGGACGGAAAACCGAUCCGGCAUAAUGAAACAUUACUUAUGGUUCUAUUUGACAUGAUGGUCUGUACCAUUAUGCGGUUUUAAUAUAUUGAAUUAAUUGAAGGUUGCCAGACAUCAAGGAACAACUAUAUAUGCCCUGAGAAAACAAGAAAAUACCAUAGUACUGUACAAUUAUCUAGAAGCACAUUCUGAUAUGCUACUUAAAAUGGCAAACCAUGGCUUCUCUGGCUGGUCUGAGCAUUUGCAUUCCAAAAUGGCCGUGGUGAGCAAAGCUAGUGUGUGUUUUUCUGGUGCAAGAUGCUGCUCUUAGAAUCCUUCGCCUUAAGCCACCUUGAAAAUGCUACACAUUAACUUGAUGUCUCUUGAGAACAUGCAAUGGGUAUCAUGGCUUUAAAUGAGCACCUGCCAAAUAUGGAUUAAUGUUACUUGUUGUGGGUAAUUUAUUCACCCUCUAGCGUUCAUAUCAAUUUGGACCCCUUUAAUUUAGCACAUUAUGGUUUCCAUUUAGCAUACAGAAGUCCAUUACUAAGAAGAAAAAAAAAAAUCUAAAUAGCACUUGUAGGUCAAAUGGACAUCAGAGUACUCUUCAGCUUUGGCUGGAUUGACAGAUCAGAAGCUCUGCCCUUGAUGGUGGCAUUCCUUGUAGUCAGUUGCUAAACAUUCCAAAAUCCAUCACUUUUCCUGGUCAAUGUUUCUCCACAGUGUGGUGACCAGUUGACUGGUUCAAAGAGAUGUGGAAAUACUGAAAGGGUAACAAAACCAGGUGAUCGAAAGGAGAAAACGAUGAAACGCAGAAAUUAUAGCAAAAUGAUAGAAAUUCAGUGAUAAGUGGAAAAUUAAAAAAUGUUCGAUUUUUGACACUUGUUGCAAAAAACUACACCCAAGAUGACAAUGCUAAACUGAAAAUUGCAUUAAGAGGUCUCAUCUUAAUUAAGGCAAGAAGUUUUGCAAUGUGAUUCAUGUUCAUGUAUAGCUAUCCCUUCAGGGAAGCCCUUUCACAACAUUGUGUCAAGCUAGCUAGGUGUAUAGUCAUGGCUGCUGUAAGACUAUAACUAUAGGCCUACCACACUGUUUUGGUUAUAUCCUUGAAUUCUCAAAUGAAAAAACAUGAAUUAGAUUAGAGCAUUCAGUUUUGUCAAUGAAGACUAUUGUGUGGUAUGAGAUUAGGGUAGUGUCAUAUUGUUUCCUGGAACAUUUGUUAAUGGUAAUUACGUAUGGUUGGCCACACUGGCAGAUUCUAAAAAUUUGUAUUUGAAGACCUGUGGAAUUAUUUCUGCUAUUUUUCAUAAACUGUGGUUUUUAAUACAUUUUUAUUAGACAAUGGCAGAUAAUUAAUGUUGCUGAAAUUGCUGAAAUCAUGCAUGAUGGUGAAAACCCACAGGAAUAUCUGGAACAGCUAGGCCAAGGCUGCCUAACCCUGUUCUUGGAGACCUAUUGUCGUGUGGGUUUUUCGCUCCAACCAUAAAAAAAGCACACCUCAUUCAACAACUAGGCUGUGUCCAAAUCAACGCACUUGCCUAAUAUUGAGAAUACCUGUUGAGUACGCUGGAUGAAAAGGUUAAGUAGGUGAAAUUUUCUGUCAGCGGUAGUGUACUUAAAAUCCCAGGAUGAUAGACAUUUCUGGUUUUGAUGAGUAUAUUCAUGAGCAUACUUUUCAGGAAGUAAAGAGCCCAUAAACAUGAUGCGCAGCUUUAAGAACGAGGUGUAGCUUUGCUGACGUUUUCCUUCAUCAACAAUUCUUUUUUUCAUCAGCGGUAAGGAGCGGAAAUGUAUUGCAACACUUCCACAGUACGCUUGGUAAAUAGUAUAGUACCAUAUUUUUCACAUACUGUCCAUCGCUUACUAAACAAACAUACUAAACACUCAUGCCUAGUAGACAGGACAUAUGUUGGGCUGCUAAUUAGUCAAAGCAGGUGUGCCAAAUUUGGGUUGAAAUGAAAAACCUACGGGAUGGUAGAUCUCCAGGAACACGGCUGAUCAACCCUCAUCUAGGCCUAUUUGAACAGAAAUUCUGUGCUUUGAUUCCAAGCAUUUACUGUUUAUUAUUAAGUCUGUUUUAGAGCACAAUAGCAAGCUAUUAAGGUUCAUUGUCUGUGUACUAAUACCAUUUUGUAAGCUUUUGAUAACGUUUCAUCAAAAGGUACCCGAAUCGAAGAAUAUAGAAAUCACUUGUUUUAUAAUGUUUCUGUAUGGCUUUCACAAUUAAAUUGUAUUGCUUGGGUAUGUUCAGUUGUAGCAUAUUGCUUUGUUCUUUUGGUUAAAUUUGUUUUUGCUAGGCUAUCUAUUAUGUGUAUUUACAUCUUGUAAUUUACAUGAACUUGAAUGUUUUUAUCCCAUGCCAUGUCCACUGGUAGCGAGUAAAACAUGGGAGGCGGUGUUCCUGCAGGUGGAGGUUUCUUUGACUCCAUAGUGGUUUGGGUGUACUCAUACGCUUAGAAGCAAGGUCUACUGUAUGUGAAUUGUUAUUUAAUGGUACCGAGUGAUAAUUUUCAUUUCUCAUGUUAAAGCAUUUUUUUUUCUUACUGGGGUGACUUCUUUGAUGGCAAUUCCCCAAUCCACUUAGCAUGAAUAGUCGCCCAGUGGUUUGAGGAAUUGACAUUGUCCACGUGUCGUGGCCUUUGUCACCUGAUCUGGCCCAAAGCAGGCAUUAAUGAGUCAUUGUUGAGUGACCCCUGAGACUGCAGUCUCUACUUCCAUCAGCUAAGUGGGAGUUGAACCAACUUUGGUGUCAUAUAACUCCUGCAGAAUUCCAGGAGCAGGUUGAUCAUGUCUUGGUGCAAACACACUGUGUAGAUCACGUAGUUUCACUUUCUUGGCUAUGUACCUGCAAGUAUACGGCAUGUUACCUUAUGAUGAAAUUAAUCAAAUGUAUUUUGUUCAUUAUACAUUGGAGACAAAGCCAGAAGGUUGUGCUUUAAUCAUUUCAGUACAUGAGAACUAGUACCAUGUAAGUACAAGACCACCGCAGGUAAAACUUGGUUAAAACUAAAGCCUUUUUUUCUUUUUUGUUCAGUUCUUUUUUUCUCAGGUGCAACAAAAUUUUGUGGAGAAUUCUCAGCUGAAAAAUGAGUUCCUUGCUUGCCAGCAUGCAUACUUGUUAGACUAAUAAAGUGACUGCAGACACUUAUAGUUUUGUUGACAUGUUUAAGAUUUACAGUAUAAAUCUGAAUGUACAGUAAAAAUCAGAGCAUUUCUUUUAACAGUUGUUGAAACACUACACAGGGUAAACAUACAGCCAGUCUUGACUAAAAUGUCUUAGUCAUCAGGUUAGAGGUGCUUUACAUAAGUGAACCAAAUUUGUUGCAUAUUAUUGUAUAGUGCUAUGGCAAAGGCUUCCUGCAAGGAUUGUCCACAUGAAUAUUCUCUAAUGUUUUUCACUAAUUGUGUCAUCUGGGUGGCCAAUCAUGCCUUGGUAUUUGAAUAAAUGUGGUGGGGAAUACAACUCCAGCUGAAGCCAUAGUGCUAUCUCCAGCUGGUCUAUGUUAAGUGUAAUCUCUCGGAGUGACACCAGAGGGCGCAUCCGUGCUAGACGGAAAACCGAAAUGAGUUUACUAAAGAUAAAUGACGAAAGAUAAGUGUCUCGUCAAAAAAUGGGUACAUGCUUCUGGCUUCUGGCACCAAAGCAUUGUUCCUUGCAUACAAGUGAGUGCCAGAAACAAAACCUGCAUUCAGUCUUGCUUCACACACACUUAUCCAAACAAGGUUUAGAGACAUGCCCUGGCUUUCUUCUCCUUACUGCCCACUCUCAAGAAACGUGUAGCACAUCCGUUUAGAUCAUUAAAUCACAAUCCGAGGACUGCUGGUUUUCUACCCUCCCUGUACCUGGAAGUUAGGUCAGGCCACUCAGUAGAACUAAAUGUUGGGUGAAAAGAAAACCAGGGCCAGAUUUGGAUUUGAGGUCCAGAUUUCAUGAUGGCUGGUUUCAACUGUAUGUUGUCCAAGUACAUUUUCGUGAACAAAAUAUACUCUUCUUCAGACAAUUCUACAGGUAAUAUGGCAUGAUGCAACACAUUUCACAGUAGCAACAAGAACACUUGUAGGGACAGUCAGAGGUUUUUAAUUGGCAUACAGCUGAGAAAGUGUUACAGCAAGCUUCACAAGUAAAUGAUAGUGCCUAAAAAUAUCCUUCAGAAUGCGUGCACCAGUAAUAACCUACUGACCGGUCUGAUAGUCAAAUCUGAGUUCCAACAGUGAUUGUUCGUCUUAGUUUUUUUCUUUUCUUAGGUCUCUGCAGGAAAUGUCUGUCCUUGUGUUUGUCUGCAGGAAAAGGUCAUCUGUACAUAUUCUAGUUACUUUUGCCUUUUUAACUCAAACUGUUACAAAAAUCACCUCCAGCGUGGAAUGCUCUGGCGUCAGUGAGAUAGGAAAUUAUUUGUAUGGCAAUUUUGUCUAAGCCAGAAAACCAUGGAAAAAAAAAUGUUUCAAUAAAGAAAUAAAUAAAUGGACGUGGAAAA